AUGUGCACCAAAGAGCUGCUGCUGCUGCUCUUCGCCUGCUGUGUUUGGUCAGCAGAGUCCCAGGGCGCUGGAAGGAGACAAAACAUCUGGGCUGAACCCAUCAAAUUCAGCACCAAGAGUAAGGACUCGUGCACCAUGGUCGUCACUGGUCACGGGGAACACACCAGGCUGAGGCUGUCGUGCCAAAGCAACAAGCGCUCCUACUGGUGCGAAUACCUGGGCAAGCCCAACACCUGCCGCUCCUACAGCAAGGACCCGCGUCACUACUUCGUCCAGAUGAUGUGGGACUUCAGAAAGCUCCACAACGCCUGCCUGGCGCCGAAGCAGAUCAAGCCUCGCAUGUGCAGGAGGGCGACUGACGAGUCCCAGAUGGUUUUCUCGUCCGCUUCCUUCUCCAGGCAAUGACCGGCGCAGCCUUCGAGAUCUCAACCUCGACCUACGACGCCUGUGUCGACGAGGCACCCUGCUAUUCCGAGAUUUCCAACAAGAGUGCAGACCCAGCGGAGACCCGUCCCACAACCGACUGCACCUACAGUGGAGAGCAAUCCGAAGAGGAUCGCUCGGCUGUACUGCUGGAGGUCACUCCACGGCGUCUGCUCCUACGUCAUUGGUCUGUUUCGUAAUUAACA